AUGACAGAGGUGAAGAAGGACCUGGCAAAACACAAGUACAAAGCUUCUGAGGAUUCAGAAAAAGUGGAGAAAGCACUGUACCAGAGUGCUGUGGGUAGCCUGCUCUACCUGUCAACAAGAACAAGACCUGACAUAGCAUUUGCUGUAAGCAAUGUAGCCAGUUUCUGUUCUGACCCAACUAAGCAGCACUGGACAGCUGUGAAGCGAAUCCUGAGAUAUUUGAAUGGAACACAGCCACUAGGUCUACUCUACAGCAAGAACACAGAGAAAGAGUGCAUUGGAUACUCCGAUGCAGAUUGGGCUGGAGACCUAGAUGAUAGAAAAUCUGUGUCAGGAUACAUGUUCAAGAUGAGUGGCGCAGCAGUAAGCUGGAAGAGUAAGAAACAGUCUGUGUUGCUCUCUACAGCAGAGGCUGAGUAUAUGGCAUUAGCCAGUGCUGCACAAGAAGCAGUCUGGAUGCGACAGCUGCUUUCAGAUCUAAAGAACUGUCCUGCAGGAGCAACAGUGAUCUAUGAAGACAACCAGUCAGCUAUCUGCAUGGCCAGGAAUCCACAAUUCCAUGGGCGUGCGAAACACAUCGACAUAAAGCAUCAUUUCAUUCGAGAUCAAGUUGCGAGUGGAGCCGUGGAUCUAAAGGAUUGCAAAACUGAUGACAUGAUUGCUGACAUGCUGACUAAAGGCCUAACUCAAGUAAAGUUCAUAAAGCUGAGAGAAAUGGCUGGACUGAAACCAUUAGACUAGUUUGGACCUAGAUGUAUAUUCUACCUGCAAGUGAGAAGGAGUGUUGGAAAGACACUUUAAGUAGAAUGUUUUUUGUGUGUUUUCUGUUAUCAUGCAUGACGUAAUCUGUCAGUUGGGUUUUGAUUUGAAUUUAAAUGUCCAAUUAAGCUGUAACCGUCACUCCCGUUUUGGAUGUAUGUGAAG